AUGGCAAUGCCGCGCGCCGCUCAACAGCGCACUCCACCGGCGGACAGUCACAUUGGGCGCCGGCCUAAGGUCUGCGUUGCCUGCCGCAAAGUGAAACACAAGUGUGUGCCCUCGAGGGUGGCGGGGCAAUGCAAGCGUUGCGAAUCGCGGGGCGAGCCGUGUAACUACGGAGGACGCGUGGAAGCAGUGGGCGACUCACGAGAUCCAGAGGCUGAGCGAAACGGCGAGGCCGAGGCCAGCUCCGAGCCAACAGAAGACGGCAUUGCCAUUCGCCAGAUGCCGAGCGCCGCCACCUUUCCAACGGCUGACUUCAUGGCCAUCACGACGGUCACCCAGCCCAAUGAGAUCUACGGACUGCAGCCGGAGGGGGAGAACACAGUGCCUUCCACUCGUCCUGUUUACCGGCCUGUCGGCGGCCUGUCAGCGCCUGAGCAUGCCGAAGCCCUUCCCGAGAUCGGCAGCGCCGACCCGCGUCCCAGUGUGAUCUCCAAGAACAUCGUUGAUGCGCCCACGGCCCGCGCAAUGGUCACCUACUUCCUUCACUCGCUCGGCGCCUGCGGCACGUUUGGCUUCGACCUGCGAGCGGGAGCAUACCCUCUUCUGGAGCGGCUUGAGCAACUAACCCCUUUCAAGGCUGGCCCCGAGGUGGAAGAGGAUGAGGAGGACCCGACGAUCGACAUCGAGCUGGGCAUUGGCCCCGAGGAGAUCACGGCCUUAGCGCUACGUGCUGUGUUCACGGGGGACAUGGCGGCUGGACGGUCUGCACUCACCUGGGCGCGAGGGUUGGGCAAGCUCGACGCGUCAGGAGUGUCCACUGUUUCCGUAGCCCAGCUCUUUGGCCUGGACACGCCACGCCGCGAACCGACGCGCCGCCAGUCCAUCCGCCUCAUACUCUUCGCCUAUGUCCGUCUGUCGUGUGUACACGGCAGUGGCCGCUGAAGAUGUGGCGCCCGAGUUCGACCCCACACCGCUGUGCGAGGCGUACGGUGCGGAAAGCGACCCGAGCAGGGAAGAGGAG